AUGGCCAGCCAUUGGCAGACACCUGCACUGCUGGUGGACACCUGUGCUGCUGGUGGCAGGGACCAGGUGGGCUCCGGGGCCCCCUUUCCUCAAUAUACCCGCCCAGCCACAGCCCCAAGCCCGCCCCGCCCCUUUAGGCACCUUUCGGGAUGCCUGCCCGCUCUAGCUGGCUCCCAAGUGAAGAGGUUCUCAGCCUCCAAGCGGAAGCAGCACUUCAUCAACCAGGCUGUGCGGAACUCAGACCUUGUGCCCAAGGCCAAAGGGCGGAAGAGCCUCCAGCGCCUAGAGAACACCCAGUACCUCCUGACCCUGCUGGAGACAGACGGGGGCACACUUGGUCUGGAGGAUGGGGAUCUGACACCCCCUGCGGCACCUGGCAUCUUCGCAGAGGCCUGCAACAAUGAGACCUAUGUAGAGGUCUGGAACGACUUCAUGAACCGCUCUGGGGAGGAGCAGGAGCGGGUCCUCCGAUACCUGGAGGAUGAGAGCAAGAGCAAGGCGCGGAGAAGGGGGCCUAGCCGGGGGGUGGACCGGAGGAGAGAGGACCCGGCCUAUACGCCCCGAGAGUGCUUCCAGCGUAUCAGCCGGCGUCUGCGAGCCGUUCUCAAGCGGAGCCGCAUCCCCAUGGAAACUUUGGAGACCUGGGAGGAGCGGCUGCUGAGGUUCUUCUCUGUGUCCCCCCAGGCUGUGUACACGGCCAUGCUGGACAACAGCUUCGAGAGGCUCCUACUCCAUGCUGUCUGCCAGUACAUGGACCUCAUCUCAGCCAGUGCCGACCUGGAGGGCAAGAGGCAGAUGAAGGUCAGCAAUCGGCAUCUGGACUUCCUGCCCCCGGGGCUGCUCCUGUCUGCUUACCUGGAGCAACGCAGCUGAUAUCAGCCAGCCGCCCUCUUCCCAUCAAGAUUUUCUAUACCGUCCACUGAAAUAUGUUUGUUAAUUUUAGAAUUUGUCCUUGGAAACAUGCUAUCCCCCUUGGGGUGGCACUCUCACCCUGGCCCCAUCCCGUCCCAGCUCUUCUAGGUAAAUGCUGGCAGCUGGAGCCACCCUAGACUAUCCCAUAUUACUAGCCAUAACUCUCCUCUCUGGGACUUGUAUUUGGGUGGCAAGAACCAGUCUGUCCACUUCCAUGUUCCUUCUUCAGUCAGCUUUCUUAGCCCAUUCUGAAGCUUAAGCAAGGAAGGGGAGCCUAGGUUUUUAUCAUUUUUAAUGAAUUUGGCAUGAUGUGUUGUAGAUUUUUAAAUGUCCCCUUUGGGAAGAAAAACCAAAUGCCCCAACUGAUAAAUUGGGCGCUUUGUUCUAGUCCCUGCUUGACUCCCAGUUUUUGGCUAGGAUUGGGGGAUCUCUGGGGUGCUGCCCCUCACCCCAGGAGCAUUACAUAUUGCGUGUGUGUGUGUGUGUGUGUGUGCAUUUGCAUGCUGGUGUCCUGCGACCCAAGGCAGAAGCUGCAUCUUAAAGGCUGGUUUUACCCUCUUUUUGGAAUGUGUUUCCUCCCCUGGUGCCUUUUGGUGGCUCUUGGGGGCCCUGCCUGCUCUACAACCCCUCCCCCCAUCUUUUCUCCUUUCUUCAUACUGGGAGUCUGGGACUUCCAGCCAGAAGCCUCCACUCUCCCACUACCACCUUCCCCUCUCCAUGUUCCCUCACUUCCCUAUCCCCCAGCCUGAGUCUGACCUAUAGCUUUGGGGUGUCCUCAUGCUGGUCACCCUGACCUGGGCCACAAAAGCAGGGUUGGGGGACCCUCCCACUCCUGUGUGUGGUGUGGCUAAUUGCGCUUUGGGGAAAGUGGAGAAUUCAAUAAAUUUCUGGUGCUCUGGUCUC